UAGUUGCAACAGAACUGCUCAACACCUACAAUACAACCAACCAACCAACUGAUCAUAAAAUAUGAUGCUCAUUUUGCUUCAGUUUCCUCAUUCCAAUUAAUCGCUAUUCGGUAGUUGGUUUUUCCCUGGGUUGGUAUCUGAUGAAGGUGCAGCAUUAAAGAUCAAGUGACUGUUUCAUCAAAUAACAAUAGACACGCAUAACAACAAAAAAGUCUAGUUUGAUUAAGUGAGAUCAGUCAUAUGGAUCACUCUGAAGAUCAAGAUGAAAAAUUUAAAGGUGCACCACAACACAGGGUUCCAGAACCUGAUCAAUCAAAAAAACAAAUGAAUGAAUCUGAAGAUAAGCCUAGGUACAUGGAUCACCCGAAAAGUCUUGACCAAAAAUUCAAAGGUGCACCACGACAUAAAGCUCCAGAACCUGAUCAAUCAAAGAAUCAAUAUGAAGGUAAUGUUGGCUACAUGGAUCACCCUGAAGGCCUUGAUAAAGAAUUCAAAGGUGAACCACAACACGAGGCUCCAGAACCUGAUCCAUCCAAGAAACACAAGAAUCAUUCUAAAGGUAAUGUUGACUACACAGAUCACCCUGAAGGCCCCAGCCAAAAACCCAAAGAUGCACCACAACACAAGAGUCCAGAACCUGAUCAAUCACAAAAACCAAAUAAUCAAUUUGAAGAUGAAGUCGAUUACAUGGAUCCCGCUAAAGCCCCUGACCAAAAAUUCAAAGGUGCACCACAACAUGAAGCUCCAAAACUUGAUCAAUCCAAGAAACAAAUAAAUCAAUCUGAAGGUAAUGUUGACCACAUGGAUCUCCCUGAAGGCUCUGACAGAAAAAUUGAAGGUGAACUACAACAUGAGACUCCUAAACUUGAUCAAUCCAAGAAACAACUAAAUCAACCUGAAGGAGAGGUUGGCAACAUGGAUCACCCUGAAGGCCCUGACCAAAAGUUCAAAGGUGCAUCACAACCCAAGGCUCUAGAACCUGAUCAACCCAAUAAACAAAUGAAUCAAUCUGAAGCCAAAGAUACCCCAAAAUCAGAUGACAAAGGAAAAAAAAGUCUGCAAACCACUGAAAAAGUGGUCCCUCCUGAGGUAGGACCACAAAAGGAAGAAACUGAAGAUGAAGAUAAAAUCAAUGACACAGGACAUGAAAGCAUUCCUGGAAACAAGAGUUCAGAAGAUUCAUCCAGUCACUUAAGUGAAGCCUCAAAAGAUCAAGAUAAAGGUGAAAUUGCACCAAAGAAGAAGCCUUUUUGGAGUAACUGGGCUGCUAUUGGUGAUGUUUUCAAGGCUUCUAUACCCAAACAACCUAAAACUAGCUCUUCCAAAAGUGAAAAGCAACCUGAAAUUGACCUUCCUGAUGAGAAACAGCAAGAGCAAAUAGAGGUUAAAAUCCAUGAAGCUGACACAGAACCAGCAGAAGUUGUUGCUACUGAAAGCACACCACUUAUUUCGACAACUGUAGCAUCAAGUAAUAAGACAUUGGAAAUUCUUAAAAGCAUUGUGUACGGUGGUUUGCUUGAAUCGUUGGCAAGUCUUAGUGUUGUGACAUCUGCAGCGAGUGCUGACGCUACCACAUUGAACAUUGUGGCGCUGGCUAUUGCAAAUCUGAUUGGUGGACUUUUCGUACUUGCUCAUAAUCUGGAGGAACUAAAAUCGGAACAAGUGGAUCGAUACAUUGAGUUGUUGGGGCAGACGAAGAAUUUCAUUCUUCAUGCUUCUAUUGCAGUCUUAUCAUUCAUUGUUUUUGGAUUAGUGGCACCACUGGUAUAUGGCUUUUCAUUUCUUGAGAGUGAUGAGAAGGAUUUGAAGGUAGCUGCUGUUGCUGGAGCUUCUCUGCUUUGCAUCAUUCUGCUUUCCAUUGCCAAAGCAUACACCAAGAAACCAAACAGUUACUUGACAUACUUCAAAACAGUGAUGUACUAUGUCACCACUGCUGCUGUGGCCUCAGUGCUUGCUUACUUAGUGGGUGAUCUUAUGGAGAAACUCAUACAAAAACUUGGAUGGUUUGAGUCAACGUCAAAUUUUGGCAUGCAGAUUUCUGAGAUUGGUGUCCAACAACCCACAUGGGGUUCAUACUAAUAAGGUUAACACUUAAAGGAAGGUGUUGAGGACAUUAAUUGCUUGUUUGUUCUUCCUUGUUCAUUUAUAUAAUUGGUUUUUGUUUUGGUUUCAUUGAUAAUGUUUUGUCAUGUUAUUGGACCACGCACGAGUUGAACAUUAUUUAUUUAUUUAAUUUGAGUUAUCUUGGAUGAAUUUUCAUUUGACAUUA